UACGGACUGAUGGCAUCCUCAGCAGAAGCGGUUGGCAAAGCCUUCGCUGCCAAGCGACGUCGACCGGGCCACACCCAGGGCUUGAUUGGAUCGUAUGAACUGCAUCACGAUCUGCACAUCCUCGACGAUCGUCGGUUUGAAAUGACACGCGUGCUCACCCAAGAUCUGGACAUGGGGCUCGGAAUCGUGGCACCGUACAAACCCGACCAUCCGGUUUUACAGACAUUCUCACCGCAAACGCUUGCCAAUGUCAGCAAAAACGGCACCAUCGCCAUGUUUGUCGGUGGGGGAUCGCUAUUACGCGAAAUUUGCAGAUUAAACUACGAAGCAGGCCAGCUCAUGGUGGGGUCCAGCGCCAAUUUGACAGGAAGUGGACAAAAGUUCCGGGUGGAGGACAUUGAAGACGAGAUCAAGGAUGCGGUUGAUUUGAUUGUUGACUAUGGGCUCCAACGGUGUCAUAUAUAUGGGCGGGCGUCUAUCAAUAUGGACUUUGGGGGCAUGAAGGUUCUGCGAAUGGGAUCAUGCUAUGAGUUGUUUCGUGAGCGAAUGCGCAGAUUUUGGGGAGUGGAGCUACCGCAGGAUCCUGUAUAUGAUGUCUGAAAGCCCAAAUACACACACCGGGAGCAUGAAUUGAAGGAUUUGAUAGAUUCCUGCUUCUAGUAAGAUACCCCACUUUGAUGAGGUGGCAGUACCCACUUUGUCGGACUUUUAAGGCCACCAACGAUGAUGAACAAUGGCAAUUUUGUGUAGUUAGGCAGAUUG